GCGCAACGCGCAAUCAAACAUGUCGUGACAGUAAACACUUGAGCUUGUCGCUGUACGGAUCUGUGAAUGCUGCGUUUGAUCGCGCGUCGCGUUCAUUAGAUAGCGAAGAUGAGAGUUGUGUUGCGUUUCAUCUGCGCAGCUCUUAUUCUCUCACCGGUUUGGUGUGAGUCUCCUGAUGCUGAUGGGACUCCUUAUGGAGACUUUGUGCGGUUUGGAAAUGUUCUUGACAGCGUGAUGGACAAAUGUAAUGUACAGGUGCAGUAUAACUGCUCUGCUGCUUGUCGAAUCGGGGUCGAAAUUGUCAUUUCUACCCCAAGAAGGACAGGAGUGACAGUCUACAGAAGGACCUGGACUAAUCAUAAGAGAUUUGGAAAACCCAGAUCCAGAACGGUUCAUCUAGUGUUUCCUCCAGCUGUGCUGUACCGGAGAGACUUUUUUGUCAGGCGACCACUGGAGACGUGCAAUGUGGUGCUGAGGGCAUGGAUGGUUCAUCUAUUUGAAAAUGAAAUUGGUGGCAACCAUGAUAAAGGAUAUGACCAAUCUCUUGUGAGAACUUCUACAUCUUUGAGGACACUUCAACUCUCUGAGCGUCCAGCAUAUCCACAGACAAGUUCGGUCUCAUGGGGCGCAUGGCUGAUGUGGCAGCUGACCAAAGAUACUGUGAGGAAAUGUCCAUAUGAGUCAGACAUUGUGGAUAUUCUGACCUUUCCAUUUGCGAGCACCGGUGAGAGGUUUGGUGUCAUACACACAUUCUCCUCCUUUAGAAACGGAGAUCUAGAAUGGAGACGUACCCUCGCUUUCAAACAGCCAAGGGUGACUCUGUCAGUGUGGCUGUACUUGCUGAGCUGGUGCAGCCAGUCAUUGUGUGGCAUAGUCAAGCAUGUUAAUGAAAACAGGAACUAUGGGAGUCCACUCAUUAUGCUGUCUGACACAGGUGAUAUAGUGGUGCAGGUGCAAAUGUUGGAUGGAGAGGAGAAGGCAUUUACAGCACACGCAGCUUUACCCCUCCAUACCUGGAUCCGUCUGGACAUCUUCUUUCAGGUGUCAGAGGCGAAACUCACAAUUACAAAGAUCUUACCUGGAGAAAUGACUUUGGAGACCAAUCAUUUUUUUGAUUUUCGUCAGCCGGUUCAAUUCAAUGACACAUCAGGAUAUUUCGUGAUUGGUGGAUGCAGCUACUUGCAGGGGUUUCAUGGCUAUAUUGGACCAAUCAGAUACUAUCGUUUAGGCUCAAAAAACGUUACAAACCCCCUGUCCCCUAUUAGGAUGCUAAAGGAGCUGGACAGACUCCACAGACACUGUGAGGAAAUGAGGCAUGUUACCGAAGACUAUCUGCAAGCAUUAAGACAGAACCGAGACGUCUCUAGAGAUGUUUGUGAGUCUUAUUAUGGAGGCCUUAAGAGGAAGUUUGGUCAUAGGGAAUGCGCUCAGACUUGGUCGUGGGACCAGCAAAGAAGAUUCAACCUCACCCUGAGGCUUCUAGAAGAACAUCAGGAGCUCAUAAAAGGUCUGGGCCACAGCAGAAGACAUUUGGUACGUCUAGGCCGAGUGAUUUUCCAGGAUGCUGUAAAGACAAUAUCUAAAGCAGAGGAAUCUGAUGGUGGUCUGGAUCUCAUGUCCAGUGUUAUUGAGCAGCUUCAGGUGUCCUCCUGCUGGGGUCACCAGCACUCCUCUCUCCUGCUUGCUACCCUGCUCCUGGCUGGCCUGGGCGUCCCAGUGGACCUGGAGCAGGGUCAUGUGUAUAGUUUGACAGGUGCUGUCUCUGAUGACCGUCUCGCUCUGAUGCAUUUGGGAUACAAGCACAUGCAGGGUCUGGACGGUUUCCCUAAAGACCAGAACACAGCAUACGGCUACUACGCCAACAUCGGCAAGCAGACCAGCCUAGACCGUGAUAAAGUACAAGACUCUUGGCAAACUCUCACAGAACAUGUUCAUUUAAACAAUGACGAUGAGCUCCAUACUCAAACGGGCGAGCUGGGCGACAUUGUGCAGUAUUUGAAACACCAGGCUGAAAGAGGAGAUGUAGAAUCUCAGAAAUCUCUGGCCAGGAUGCAUCUAUGGGGCAGUAAUGGGGUGGAGAAAGACAUUCGAGCAGCAGUCAUGUGGUACGCCAGAAGCGCCCUGCAGAUGGUCGAUCCCUCCGCCAUGUACGACUAUGCCAUUCUCCUCCUAAAGGGCACAGGAGUGAAGAAGAACCGAACGCUUGGCCUUGAGCUUCUGAAGAAAGCUGCCGACAUGGGUUCUGUAGAAGCUCUGAAUGGACUCGGAUGGUACUACAGUAACAUAGUAAAGGACGGAAGAAAGGCCUUUCGAUACUUUGAGUUGGCGGCUCAGAAUGGCAGUCGUGAUGGGCUCUUCAAUGUGGGCGUCUACCAUUUAAAUGGUGACAAUCCCGACAAACCAGACAGCAAUGAGACUGCUUGCGUUCCACUACUUCUUGGAUGCGGUCAGUUGGGUCACGUGGACGGCGCUGUGCAGUCGGCAUUGUUUCUUUCCACUGGAUCCAUAAAAGGAGUGCCGAGAGAUCCAGACAAAGCUGUGCUGCUGUUGAAGCAAGUCAGUGAGAUGAAUGGACACCUGGGCUUCAUGGUUAAAGAUGCUCUUCAGACUUAUCAAAGAGGAUCAUGGGAUGAAGCGUUGGUGAAAUAUGCCAUGCUGGCAGAAACUGGUCUCGGUGUGGCACAGCACAAUGCUGCCCAUCUGUGUGAGCUGUUAGAUCACAGUUCUGCCUGUCAGUGGAGGUACCACAACUACUCCACCUACAACCACAUCCCUCAGGAAGCUGGCUUGUUGCGGAUGGGAGAUUAUUACAAACUGGCUGAUAUGGUGAAGGCCAUAGACAUGUACAGUACAGCAGCAGUGCAUGGAAGUGCUGAGGGCCUCUUUAAUCUGGUCAUGUUAAUUGAAGAGGGUUAUGAAGUUCCUGACAUCAUUCUGGAUCAGAUGGGACUCUCAGAUGCACACAAUGUGAGCCGGAGCGCUGUGGUGGCAAAUCUACUAUCCAGGUGCAGGGCGUUUGAGGAGGGGGACGUGAUC